AUGAAAUUUCCUGAAAAUUUUGAACAAUUUUUUGAUAUUCAAGAUUCUAUUUGUUCUUUUGAAUUAGAGAUCGAUGAAACAGAUAAGGACGUAUAUUCUGAUAAAGAAUUUGAUAAUCUGAAUAAUGAAGAAUUUGAUAACCUGAGUAAUAAAGAAUUUGAUGACUCAAGUGAUAAAAAGACUACAAGCAAAAAUUCUAACGAGACCAUUGCUACAACUUUGAAUAAUUUAAUUAAAAAGCUUCAGCAAUGUUGUUCAUAUAAAGAAAAAUGUAAUAAUAAGAUUCUAUUAGAAAUAUUAAAUAAACUGACAUUAGAAAGUCUUUGUAUGAAUAAAAAAAAACAUCGUUAUUUAAUAAUAAUACUUAUUGUUUUUGCAAAUCCUGUAUUUUGGUUAUAUGACAGAGAUGUAGUUACUCAUCUCUGUAAUUGGAUUUGCGAAUAUCAAUUGAUGUUGCCUAAACCUCAUAGUAAUAUUGGUCAUCAUUCUAAGAAUAUCUUACCUGUUGAAACAAUUAAUAAAGUCAAGCUUUUUAUUAAGUCGCUUGAUGAACAACAUAAUAAAUAA